AUGGCUGACAUUCCCAGGAAAAGGCCUACAAAACAGCUUUCCAGCGAUAGCCUGAAAGAGGAUUUUGAGGACUCACUAAUAAAUGAGUUCGACCUGCCGCCUCUAGACGAUGGCGAACCGGAUUUCGGUGGCAGUGUCGAGCUACUGUACAAUCGCACAUCGGAAGGGCUGCGUCUAGAAGAGAAUUUGGACGGCUUCCCAGACGCAAACACGGAGGCAGAGCUGGACUCCGUGUACCAGAAGAUGGCCCAGGCUCUGGAAUACAGAGACAAGCUGCUGGUAAAGGCAGUUAUCCGGGAGCUGGAGAAGGAAAUGGCUCCCAAGAUCAAAAAAAUGCAGGAACACAAGCGGAAGUACGAGCUGUUGAAAAAAGUAUACAAGCUACCCAGCGUCUCCAACUUGGCCGAGUUCCGCACGGAGAAAUCCAAACCAAAACCAAAACGCUCGAGACGCCACUCGACAGCUGUAGCUCGCACACAGUUGGAUCCCAUCGACGAGGAAGCCGAGAAACGAGAUGCCCCGGAGCUGGCGAGAACAAGGUCACAUGACCCAGGUCACGAAAAGCAGCAGAAGCAUAGCGCCGGCUCCACCGUUCUCCCUAUCCCGAUCCCUUCGCUGAGUCCUACAUACAGCCGAUGCGGCGACCACAGAGACCUCCGCAUUCUCUCGACCGUCGAGCUAAUUUCCAUCAAAAGCCGCAUUCUCAGUCACGUUUUCCCCGACGUCGGCAGGAUCACAGGUCUGGUGCUCAAAUUCGAGCAGAAUGCAGAUUACAAGCCGGGAACGCGUAAAUCGCUGGUCAUUCGCAAGCUCAAUAACAAGAUCCUUCUCCAAGAGAUCGAACACGAACUAGCUGCUCGGGGCGAGAGCGCCAAAAAUCUGUUGCAAUGA